ACACCAUGCAGCCCCAUGCCAUCCUCCUUCUGUUCUUCUUCCCUGGGACCUGGGCAAAGCCAGAGGGCUCCCACAUGCUCAAGCUUCUCCAUUUCGCCACCUUCCAAAACAGCACCUCCGUGCUUGUGGGAGGACUGGGACUCUUGGGGGACGUGGAAAUGGGGUCUCUGGACAGCCGCACUGGGAACAUCCACUACUACCGGCCCUGGCUGCGCCCAUCCUUGCCGAAAGGUGACUGGGAUGUCAUCGAGAGCUCCAUCAAGUCAUACGUGAGAGAUUUCAGCAAGCUGGUGCAGAUGUACACCACAGUGCCCUACCCUUUUGUCUUCCAGUCCUCCAUAGGCUGUGAGCUCCAGUCCAACGGGACCAUCAGGACCUUCUUAGACAUUGCUUACGAGGGCCAGAAUUUCCUCCGUUUCUGCCUGGACAAAGGCACUUGGGAUCAGAUGCAACAUAACCAGUUGGCAGCCAUAGCUGAGCACCUGAUGAUGAACGCCAGCACUCUCAAUGAGGUGAUCCAAGUGCUCCUCAACAACACCUGUGUGGCCAUUCUGAGAAUUUUCAUCCAGGCCGGGAAAGCAGAUCUGGAGAGACAAGUGCCACCCAUCGCUGUGGUCUUUGCCCGCACGGCCGGCCCAGGGCAGCUCCUGCUGGUUUGCCGUGUCACCAGCUUCUACCCGCGGCCCAUCACCGUCACCUGGCUGCGGGACGGCAGAGAGGUGCCCCCGAGCCCGGCGCUGAGCACCGGCGCUGUGUUACCCAACGCCGACCUCACCUACCAGCUCCGCAGCACCCUGCUGGUGUCCCCCCGGGACGGGCACAGCUACGCCUGCCGCGUGCAGCACUGCAGCCUGGGUGACCGCAGCCUCCUCGUCCCCUGGGAGCACUCCAAGCGGGGGCUGAGCGCUGGGCUCGGGGCGGUCCUGCUGCUGGCUGCGGCCGCCGUCGCCGCAGUGUUGGUGUGGAGAUACAGGAAGCGGCAGCGCUUGGACGAGGAGCGCAGCAUCCCUCUGGAGGAGCACCGGAGCGCAGCGCAGGAUGGGACAGCCGCGGGGCACUACGGGGGCUGCGGCCGCGGAACGCCCGGUGAGGGGAGGGGGCACAGUUGA